AUGGAGAAAGAUUGCAUCAAAGAGAGGAUCCUUUGCGACGAAACAUUCAUGUACGACUCUGACAAUAAUUCCUCGAUAACGCCACCCAGCCCAAACUCAGACACGCAAAGCAUCGACAGCGAGAAUCCAACAGCUGAUUUGUCUCCACGCAGACAAAAUGACUACGAUUUCACAAGACGAGUGGCUGAUGCCGCAACCUUGAAAGUGAAACGUUUACGCGCGAACGAUAGAGAGCGGCGUCGCGUAAACUUAAUCAACUCAGCUAUGGAAAUGCUUCGCAAGGUGAUACCUGAACUUCGAGAGCGUCGAAAGAUUACGAAACUUGAAUUACUGCGCUGUGCUAACAGAUACAUCUGGACAUUGCAACAGUCUUUAUUGACAGGACGAUCAAUGGUGGAAAUUCAAGAGACAUUUUCAUACUACCAGCGAACGGGAUCAUUUCCAGGGGCCGCGUUUUACGAUUAUGAUUGCGGGGUUGUGUGUUCUUAUCAAACAGCUGCACCAGAAUAG